UCUUAAGAUAGAAACAGUGAGAAAUGGAAGAAUCAUCAAAUUCAAAUACCUUAUUAGAAGUGGUAGAUGAUUUCUAUAUAGUUCUUCUAAAUGGAGAAGAGCUCAUACCAAUCGCAGAUGAGAAGUUUGCAGUAGAAUUACAGCUCCAGGAAGCUAUUUUUUCAUCAAUUCUCUCUUAUCUUCCCCGCCCAUCUCGCGAAAUUAAGAUCGAACCAUCUUCAAAGAAGAACAAGACGACUCCGACGAAAUCCAACACGUUGGUUAUUACCGAAACCGGCGAAUCUUCGGGAAGCUUCUGUGACAUAUGCGCAGAAGCGAAACCGCUGCAUGAAAUGUUCGUGAACAAGAACUGUUCUCAUGUGUUUUGCAACGAUUGCAUAAGUAAGCACAUUGCGGUGAAGAUCCAAGAAAACAUAGCAAUGGUUAUAUGCCCUGGUUUGGAAUGUAAAGGGGUUUUAGAACCCAAUCUCUGCCGUCCAAUCAUCCCUGCUCAAGUGUUUGAUAGGUGGGAAGCAGCUCUUUCUGAGUCGAUGGUUCUUGGGUCGCAGAAAUUUUACUGCCCUUUUAAGGACUGCUCGGUGCUUCUGAUCGACGAUGGAGAUGAUGUCGUGACACAAUCGGAGUGCCCGAAUUGCAGGAGAUUGUUCUGUGCACAGUGCAAGGUGGUAUGGCACUCGGGCGUUGGGUGCGAAGAGUAUAAGAGAUUGAAUGAAGAUGAGAAAGGGAGAGAUGAUCUGAUGGUGAUGGAGCUUGCUAAGUCAAAGGAGUGGAAGAGAUGUUCCCGCUGCAAGUUCUAUGUGGAGAAGACAGAUGGUUGUAUGCAUAUGACUUGCAGGUGUGGGUUUCAGUUUUGCUACCGAUGCGGAUUGACGUGGUUGUCGACCCAUUCAUGCUAGCUGGAACAUGAUAGGGAGAAUGAAGAAGGUGGUGGAUGAUGAUGAUCCCUUCACUAAUCAAGACUUUCGUGACAUGUUGAUUGUGAUCUCAUCUUAGAUAAAGUAAAGCUGAGGUUUUUAAUGAUUGUUACUGAAAUAGGCCAUUUGAGGAUAGUAAUGGAUGGCCAUCCUCACAAUUCAAUAAAAAACAAUACAUUCAGUUUUUUGCCAUAAAGAGACUAUAUAUAGGUGGAGAUAGUUUUUGUAAGUAUAUAUUUUGAUGUUUUAUGGUUAUUUGAGGAUCAAAAGAAACUGUUUUUCCUGUCUAA